CCCUCUUCAGAGGGAAAUGGGGGCUUAAUAAACCUCAAGAGGUCCAGACCAAACCUCGGACGCCUGUGCCCCAACUGCCCAGCGAGGACGACGACGACGAAGACGACAGUCUUAGACCCCCGAUCCGCAGGAAUUCACGCUUUACCGCUCGAUGAGAAAGAAAAAGUUGCCUGGACCCUCAGAACAACAAGAAAGCCCCUCCUGCUCUCCGAAACCAACAGUAGACCCCGCCUCCUACAAUAGACUCAGCCCCGCUGCAGCAAACAGACUCGUACUCUCUCCCAGACUGCAAAAAAGUCCACCUUCACGCUCUGGAAUCUCGUUGCUCAGCAACGGGACUACAGUGCUGGGAGGAGUUCGCUCUCGCUCUCCGCUGGCGACGCCGGGAGAUUGGUCGCGUAGACCAGAAAUGGAGGAGCUGAGCGAACGGACGACCAGCGCCUGCACCAUGCAGGACAAUGACAAUCACAGCACUGCUGACCCAGACAAUAUCACACUCCGGCUGGUGAGGAAUGGUGACAGUCCGCAGAAGAUGGCAGUAGAGAAUUCCUGCCGCAAUCUCAACAUUAUGAAGAAUGUCGAUGUUUUGUAUCAGGAGUACCGCGACACCUCCAAGCAGCAGGAGAUCGAUCAGCGGCGGCAGAGAGAUGGUCUCCCCUCUGCAGGUUCAGGGGUCUCGGCUGCUCCUGCGCUGCAGCUCCAGCUGAGGAACAGCACUAACUCACUGAAUCUGUGGCAGAACCUGGAGGCUGUGAAGGACAGCGGACUGCUGAAGACACUGGAGCCCAAAGAGGUUAUACUGCAGGAGGCCAUGUUUGAACUGGUGACCUCUGAGGCUUCCUACUACAAAAGCCUGGAGCUUCUGGAGACACAUUUCCUCCGAAACCCUCUGCUUGUCAACACUUUGAGUCAGUCUGACAUGCACUUUCUGUUCUCCAACAUUGAGGACAUCAUGAAGGCAAGCGAAAAGUUUCUGAUGGAUCUGGAGCACCGGAUUGAAGAGUCCAUCCUGAUUUCAGACGUGUGUGACAUUGUUUAUCUCCACGCUGUUAACCAUUUCCAAGUCUUCAUCAGCUAUGUCAUCAACCAGGUCUACCAGGAGACCAACUACCGGCGGAUACUGCAAGAAAAUACUGCUUUUCGUGACAAUAUGGCCAUCUUGGAGAAUCAGCCCAAAGUGAAGGGCCUUUCAUUUACAUCCUUCCUCAUCCUCCCCUUCCAGCGAAUCACACGGCUCAAACUGCUUGUUCAGAAUAUUCUCAAGAGGGUGGAGGAAAAUUCUGACAAAGAAAAGACUGCAAUAUUAGCGCACCAAGAGCUGGAAAAGAUUGUAAAGCAGUGCAAUGAAGGAGUGAGGAAAAUGAGUCGCACUGAAGAGCUGAUCAGCAUCGAGAAAACACUUGAAUUCAAGUCAAAGUCAGUGCCGGUGAUUUCUCACUCUCGUUGGCUCUUGAAGAAGGGUGAAGUGCAGCAGAUGUCUGGACCCAAAAGCACUCGAACCAUGCGCAGCCGCAAGCUUUACCAUCCCAUUUACCUGUUCCUUUUCAACAACCUGCUGCUCAUCACCAAACGCAACUCCAGUGGAGAGAAAUUCCAGGUUCUGGACUCGUGCAGUCGCUCCAUGCUGAGGACUGAGGAUCUGGAGGAUCAGGGUCAGAUGCUGGCCUGUGUGUUUGUGCUGAAGCUGCUGGAGAAUCAAGAGGACAGAGAAGUCAGCUACAUGCUCAAGACUGAGAGCAUAAGCGAUAAACUGCGCUGGAUUUGUGCUUUGACUCCAAACCGCCGUACAAGAUUCCUCUCAACUAGCACUCAUGAACCAGAUUCUCCACAGGUUCAGUGUAUCCAGUCUUACUCCUCUCAGGAACCCGAUGAGCUUUCUGUAGAAAUGGCGGAUGUGCUGCACAUUCUGGAGUGGACAGACGAUGGCUGGAUACUGGGUGAGAGGCUUCACGAUGGAGAACGCGGCUGGUUCCCGAACCGGGUGGUGGAGCGGAUCAUGAGCGCAGAAGUGCGGGCUCAAAACCUGAAAGAGUGCCAGCGGAUCCAACAGGCGCAGGAAGGAGCGCAGGGUGCAAGAGGCACCUCCAGGGGGCGCGGGGCUGUCAGAAACUCCCAGUACAACGCCAGCUGGACUGAUCUGUAGAUACAAAGAGCAAGACAUGACAUCGCAUUAACACCACCAUUCAUUCUCCUAAAUCCAGACCCAGGAAAGCGACGGUACAUUAGUACGGUGGACCGCUUGUCAUUCAGUGUCCUGUGUUUUUUUUUUUUUGAGGACUCGACAGUGUCAUGGAAGAGCUCUUGCACUUUAAGCACUUGUGUUUUACGAAUCGCUGCUUCCAUACAGUCCUAACACGCUGUAAGCAUGAAGGAUUUCAACUUCCGCAGUCUCUCACACACAUAAAUACACACAGGGACUACUUUUUGAGGUGAAGGAAAAUAAAAGCUAUCGCUACAUGAGGACUUUUGUAAAGUCAUAAUGCUUCUCUCGGAAAAGGAAUGUAUUAAUGUGCAUGGUCACACCUUACUGACUAUACAGGUUUGUGUUUUUAAACUAACCUCUAAGGACAAUGAGGACGUACUGUACCGUGUGGAGCUCAUUCUCCUCCCAAUCCACAUGAAGAACAAAAACGAAAAUAAGCGCGAGUGAAAAUGAACUAAAUUAAUCUCAUUUUUGGAAAUAUGGAGGUAAAUCAUGCUGAUGAAGAACACCUAUAUUUCUUUUUCUGUGCACGUGCUGCAUGAAAGUGUGUGUACAGUCAGUCGCACACACGUUAAAUAAUGUUUUCAUACACAAACACACACUCUACACACACAGAAGAGCAAUGUCGUUGAACCAGUCUAACACCAAGCAGUGUCCUAACCAGUACGUUUCCAGCAAGCCAUUUGUCUGCUGUGAGAUAAAUCAUCUGUGAUGUGGUAUAAUGAUGAUUAAUAUCUCUGUUUUCAUACUGAGGAUGUCAUUUCUAAAGUCGUAUUAGUUUAAAAAUAGCAUGUUUUCAAUGCACAACCGAUUCAAAAUACAAGAUUGAAUUAAAACGAUCAUAUUUAAAGCUGAAGAAGCACAAGUUAUCACACUAUUGUGUUCAGAUGUGGGACAUAAUCUUGAUUUAGUUCAGUCUUUGGUCAAAUGCAUGACUAGUUAAUGGCUGAUAAGGAUCUAUUAACAGCAUCAAGAGUGAGCUGACUCGCCUUAAAAGGACAGCUCUCUUAAAAAGGAAAAUGCUGUUGUUUAAUCUCAUGUUGUAUUACCCUGCGAAUGUUUUUAGAUGAAUAAAGAGAAGAUUUUUACUUCA